UGAAGGGCUGAACUGAACAGUCAGUUCUCCACACUUGCCAGCUCAAGUGCUGCCUGGUUUCUAACAGGUCUUGGUUGCAAGAAUCAGCCCAGCCAGAAUGGGAAAACUGCUGAAGUUGGCUUUUUUUCUGCUCUGCAUGGGAAUUGGCUUUCACCAGAUAGCUUUCACUCUUCAUUGUAAAAAGUGUUUAUAUUACUAUGACGGGAAAUGUGGCGAAGUGGAGAAAACAUGUACUGCUGAAAAUGGCCAAGUCUGUUUCAGUCUCAGAGUAUCAGAAAACGACAACUGGAGUCACCCAGAACAUGGCUAUAGUGACUGCACAGGUAGCUGCAUUUCAUCUUACCAGGAUAACCGCUACUUUAAGAUGCUCUACCUGUGCUGCGAUUCCCACGAUUACUGCAAUGACCUCUCUGAGCCCCUGGAUGAUUUCCUAGCAUCAGUAAAUAAAACAUAUGUAAUUUAUCUCUUGUCUUCUCUCACAUUUUCAUUUUACUAUGAAAAGGGCCUCGAUAGUUUCACUCUUGGAAUCAUAGAGCCAGACAUUCCCUUUGUGUUAUUCCCAAUGCAACGGCUGCAAAGCCCACAUCCUUUGGUUGCUUUUUCCUCCCCAGUCAACAGGAACCUGGCUGUUUCAAUAUUUUUGUGACCUGGAAGGAAUGUA